CCGGAAACUUAAGAUGAAAGCAAAAGACCAAAAAAUCGAGGUAGCGUCAUGUCUGACCAACACAAUUUAUUAACUAUCGUUUUGACAGUUUAUACAUGCUAAAACUAUAUAGUAAAGGGUGCUGAAACAUGGAAGGCAGCUUUACCAUUCCUAGUCAUGCAGAGGACCUGACAAAAUGUAUGUAUGAACUACAGCAGGAUGGGACAUUCUGUGAUGCAGGCCUCGAAUGUAAAGAUGGUGUCAUAUUUGUUCAUAAACUUGUUCUUAUGGCAUGUAGAAGUCCAUAUUUAAGGAAUCAAUUGAUGUGUGAAAGUCAAGGUGAAAGAGUUUAUGUCAAUCUAAAGAAUUAUUCAUUAAAAACAGUUUGCCGUUUGGUGCAGACCCUAUAUACAGGACAGUUAAAUAUUUCCCAAGAGAAUGAAGAAGAUUUUAGACAUUUGUGUGAGACAAUAGAGCUUGACAAUAUAAAAUCUGCUGCUGAAAACUUUAUUCAGCAAGAUCAAAUUAUUUAUGAGGUCGAAAGCAUAAACCAAUUUUGUGCUGUUCAAGUUGAAAAGAAAGUAUUAGAAUCCCAGGAUGGGAUCAUAGCACUGGUGGCAUCUGUCAAUCAUGGACAAGAUGACAACUUAGUUGACAGUACAAGCACUGUUGAUAGUUUAGAGGAUCUCAACAAUGAAAUCAGUGAUGUAAAAGUUGAUGGUGAUACGGUUAAAAGAAAUCAAGAUUUAGAAGGAGAAAGGGAGACCAAUAUAUCUUUGGAUCCACCCACCAUGGCCACAGGAAGAGAAACCAGAAGCAACAAAAGAAGAAAAAUUUUCCAUAAUGAGAACCCUUCACAAGCAAAAGACAAUGCCACCUCAGCUAACGUGGCAGAAAUAUUGACCAUUGCAAAACAAUUGUCUGGAAUAGACGAAGCCCAGCCAUCUAAAUCUGCUUCUUCUUGUCUAGAUCCAACUAAAUCCAGUUUAUGUUCUCUAUGUACAAAAGAAUUUGUCUAUAAAGGGGAAAAUGUAACAGAUCCAGGCAAACCAGUUUGUACAGAAUGUAUGGUUUUAUUUAGUGGAGAAACCAAUGAUGACCAAGAGAUGGGAAUUAAGUCAGACCCAACACAAAGUGACAACAGUGAAGAUGGUGGAGGAGACAGCAAAAAGGAUAGUGUUGAUUUGGAGGAAUGUUUCAAGAAGACUUGUGAAGAAAGAUCGCCACUUCCAGAUAUUAGUUCCUUAGAGGAAGAUGACUGUGAUCCAUUACAAUGGUUACAAGAACAGAUAGAAGUUGAUGGAUGUGAAACAAAUGAAAUCUCUGACAGAAAGCUUAGAAAUAAGAGCCAAUCAGAAAAAGGAGAGAAGGGAUCAGGUGAGACCAAUCAAGAAAAGGUGUGGCAUUGUAAAAAGUGUGAAUUUUCAACAGGUGAUAAGAAGGAACAUAAGAGACACUAUAAACGUCACCAGUACAUCGAACGAAAACUCAGAAUGUCUAACUUAUGUAAGCCUCCAAAAUAUUCAUGUGAUGAAUGUGGAAAUGAAUAUAAAACAGAAAAUGGGUUGGUUAUACAUAGAAAAUUAGCACAUUCGGAUAAGCCUAUAUUGAGAUGUGUACUUAAAGGGUGUAAAUCACGUUUUGUAGAAGAAUCUGCUCUACAAAAACAUUUGUUAUGGCACAAAUCACAAGGUGUCCUGAAAUGUAGGAAAUGUGCACAGGUAUUUGUACAAAAGGGUGCACUGAAAAGACACGAGGAUUAUUGUGUCAAAAGAUUAAGGUUUCAAUGUGACAUUUGUAAAAAAGUAUAUAAAGCCCAAAGAAAUCUUUCUGAACACAUGAGUAAAAUUCAUUGUGAGGAGGGUAAAGGCUUCAAUUAUAGGGAAUCUUUACAAUUUAGUAAUAAUAUCAACAGUGCGACUUAUGGAGUUGAUCAGAAUAAAGGCGCAAGUUUAACAGUCGGGAAUAUAUGUUUAGAAACCACGAUGGAAGAGUUUAAUUCUGAUAAUGUUGAGGAAUUUAUUGAAGGGAUGAAUUCAAUUUUAUUCGCCCAACAGAAUGAAAAAAAAUCAAGACAGACUCAAGACGUUUAUCGUUGUUUACAUUGUGAGUUCUCAACAGAAGAUAAGACACAGUAUACUAAACAUAGAAAACACCAUGAUUACUUAAAACUAAAGCAAAAGCAAAAGAGUGCAGAACCACAACCUCGUUCCUGUGAUAAAUGUGAAACAGAUCAUAAAACUACGCUUGCCUCGAAAGUUCAUACGGAAAAAGUACAUUCUUUGGUAUUUGAAUGCCCCGAGAAAGGUUGUUUUAAAUGCUUUCCGGAUGAACACCAGUUAAACGAACAUUUAUUAAAUCAUGAAGAAAUUAUUUUAAUAAAAUGUGGGAAGUGUGAAAAAUCCUUUGAUUCAGAACAUGAUUUGAACAAACAUGAUGCUAUCUGCAUUCCUAUAAAAACAGUACAAUGUGAUACUGCUUCCAAAAACGAUGAAACAGGUAAUGGUGAAGUUGAUAAUGAUGACAUAGAUGGUAAUGAUGAUGAUAAUGAUGGUGGUGGGGGUGAUGAUAUUGAGGUUAUUGUUAAAACGUUGAAUAAGGCUAUUGAUAAGCAAAAGAAGUCGAAGGUUCAUAAAUGUCAGAAAUGUAAUUUUUCAACAAAAGAUUCUAAGGAGAAUGAAAGGCAUAGACGCCGCCAUCGUUAUUUAAAAGACAUGGAAACACAGAAACACAAUUGUAGAUAUUGUGGAUUGACCUUAAGGACCAUACCAGAACUGAGUAAACAUGAGCUCACUUUUCAUUCGGAUCAAUUUUAUAAAUGCAAGGCAAAAUCCUGCACAAGUGUAUUUAAGUAUAAACUACAGUUAGAACAACACAUGUCAAAGCAUAAAAAUAUGGGUCUCUUGAAAUGCAAGAAUUGCAAAAAGAAAUUUGUUUUUAAAGAUAAGCUAACACCACACGAAGAUAAAUGCAUAAGGAAUAUGACAGCAAACGAACACUGUCACUUAUGCAAAAACAAUUUGGGAGCAAAUCAGGAUUGUUAAGGCACAUGAGGAAACAUAAUGAUAGAGUGCGUGAUUGCAUUUGUGGAAGAAACAUUGACAGUAUUAAAAAUCUUAAUCAGCAUAAAAAAUGCCAUAAUGAUCCUAUGCUUGAACGAUUUUGUGAAAAAGAGAUAUCCGAGGGGAGUGACGAAAGUACAGAUUCAAAUUCAGAUGGAAUGGACACAUCUUAAAGUGCAAGUGCAUAGUAUAAUUUGAAAAAGUACUACAAAAAAAGCAAAAUGUACUUGAAUAAUGGAAAUGAAGAAUUGGUUAUAGAACAUGUUUAUAUCGCAGAUUGUCACAAUUUGACACCAAUUUUGAUCAUGGAAUGGCAACAAAAUUAUGAAACAAGUGAGUUAGAUGUGAGAAAGGAAUAUAAAGGGGUUUGGUGAAAAAGGGGAUACGUUGAUAUUGAAUGAUAGUGACAUGCUGAACAUUGGUAUUG